AAAAAAAAAGAAUUUCGAGGUCCCAAACGCAUCCUUAAGAAUCACGAAAAGAUCAACCCUACCUGCCGAGAGUGGAGCUUACCUGUCGCCUCUCGGUCACUUCUCAGAAGUGCCCGUCAACUCGCCGGCAUCAUAAACGCAGCUGAUUCCUAAACGUAAUCAGCUGCAUGGUGCGUCUCCUACACAGUUAAGCCACACUCUCUGCUCUAAUAUCUCCCUGCUGCCGAAAGGAAAACCAAUUCUUCAACCUAACCCAUACCUCUCCAGCUCUUGUAACUGCUGACACCGCCGAAUUUCUUUCAAGGUAGAACAUGCAAAUCAAGCUAUCUUUUCUUUGCAAAGACCGGAAAUUCCCCAUAUGAGUUGCCCUUCCAUUAGCAUCGUCUAAAGCUCUACAAUAUGAAAUCAGAUCCAUUAGAUUGGGUAGAGGAAGCCAAAGAUCCUUCAUUCUUCCCAUUAAAAAGAAAAAGGAGUUUUAAAUCCAAAAGACUAGAAUUCAUAGGAUGGGGAUCCAGGCCUUUGAUUGAAUUUCUCCAAUCAAUUGGCAGGGAAACCAAUAAAGAGUACUCUAGGCAUGAGGUCAAUGCCUUAGUCAUUGACUAUGUACGUUCCAACAACCUUGUGAAUCCACAAAAGAAGAAGAGGAUUGUAUGUGAUGAAAGACUUCGGAUGCUUUUUGGGAAGAAAUCAAUAUCCAGGAUCAAAGUUUAUGAUUUGUUGGAAACACACUUCAUUGAGAAUCAGGAUGAGUCUGAGGAAGAACACGAACACAGUUCAUCAGAGGAUGUAGAUGGAGAGACUGGUUCUUUGAUUAUAUCAAAGGAAAGAAAAAUUGCAGUACAACAAAAGAAGAUCCAGGAGGCCCCUAAAAGCAGUUUUGCCGCCCUUACUGCUGAAAAUAUUAAGCUUGUCUAUUUAAAGAGGAGUUUAGUUCAGUCUCUUUUGAAGACCCAGGAGAACUUUGAUAAUAUGGUAGUGGGAAGCUUUGUGAGGAUAAAAUCUGAUCCUUAUGAUUUCUUCCAAAAAAAUUCUCACCAGCUUCAGCAAGUUACAGGUGUAAAGAAGACGUUUCAGUCUGUAGAUACUGGCGCAGAAACUUACCUUCAGCUCUCAAGUUGGUUGAGAGAUGUUUCCAUAUCUUCACUGUCAGAUGACGAUUUCACAGAGGAAGAAUGCGAGGAUUUGAGUGAAAGAGUAAAAGGUGGUCUGCUUAAAAGACCUACAGUUGUGGAUUUUGAAUUAAAGGCUCAUAUUCUGCAUGAGGAUAUCACCCGACAUUGGAUUGCUAGAGAAAUUACAUUGUUACAAAGGCGAAUUGACCAUGCCAAUGAAAAGGGAUGGCGGAGAGAAUAUCCUUUUCUAUUUUAAUGCUACUUGACUUGUGAGUGAAACUUCUUUCUUUGUCAGGACUCUGGAUUUAUAGUGUGUAAAAUGCCCACUGUCAAUUUUUAUUGCUACACACCUGAUAAGUACAGACUGGGGAAGAAGAUUCAGUUCAUGAAUGUUUUGAUAUGUAGUAGUAUACACUAGUAUGCUAUUAAUGAUGUUUAUAUGACUAAGAUCUGUAUUGGUAAAACCUGAGAUAUAUACCUAUCUUUUCGUUUGUUGCCUAUCUUAUCUGGUUGUAUAAAACUUGAGACCUAUAUCUAGAACAUGAUUCCCACCAAAACAACCUAGUAACCUACCCAACAAAUGAACACCCCACAAACACCCACUAGGCUCCCAAGUAACAUAAGAAGUUUGUUAACCUGACUGGUAAAUUAAUUAUUCAUUACUAUGAACUUAAUCCCACCAACCUCAACUAGUUGUCUAGUUAGGAUAAAGGUGCUGAUAAUUGUGAUGAAUUUGACUUGCUACUUGCUACUUGCUAGACAUUUACAUAAUAAACCGAAGACUUUCAUAUAACUCUAUUGACCAACUCGAGAAUCUCUUUGUUUUAAUUAGUUCAGGCCAGUUUUGUUAAUGGAGGAUGGCCAAAAUUUCUUCAUAUGCUGCCACCAUUAUUCUUCUCGGGCUUAAUAUGGCGGACUGCUCUAUUACUUGGUGCUUCUGGAAAGGAAUUUGCUUUAAUAAUUUAUUAAAAAAAAUCCCCAUUAUUGUUUGUUCUAAGGUGUCAGUUACACCCUAUGAGUGAAGAAAACUUGUGGAACACUAGAACACUCAACCAUCAUGCGUUUUUUCUUUAACUGCUUUAGAAUUCACAUUGCACGAGUACUUGCAGAAAAGACAGCUACUCAUGACAAAAACUGAGCAAGACAGAUUAUUGUCAGAGAAGCCGAAAAUAUUAGCUGAAGAAUUAGAACUCAAAGCUACACCACCAGUUGUUUCAGAAAAAAAUGAAGAAAAAAGUUGCUCUCCUGAACCUGAGCAGACUAGACUUUCUAGUGAGAAUGUAGAAACUAAUGCGGAGGAACCUGAAAAGCAGAUAAUGUCAUUUGAUGAUCCAGAAGCAGGAGGAGCUAGGUGCUUCAUGGGAUCAAAUCUUAGGGAGGCUUCUGAUCUAUCUGCUCCAGACCCCAUAAGAGAAUCUGCGGUCAUUGAAUUGAGCGAUGAUGAAGAUGGUGUUGCUCCAAAGUGUAAUGGGCUGCCGCCAGUCGGUACAAUCCUAAACCCUAAUGAUGAGAUAUGGAAUUAUUUGGAUCCACAAGGAGUAGUUCAGGGUCCAUUUCCGCUAGUCUCAUUAUCUCGUUGGUACAAGUCUUCAUACUUUCACCCCAACUUUCGCAUCUGGAAGACCUGUGAAAGCCACCAGCAAUCGGUUCUACUGGUUGACGUGCUUCGGGAAUAUUCAAUGAUUUAGUUUUUCGUACUACUUCAGAGCCCUAUAAAAUUAGGUAAAUUUCCAUCCACGGGAUUCAUAGGAUAUAUACAUUUAUAUUACUUGAAAAGAUUUGUUAUUUUCAACCUUCAAACAGCCUAACAUGAUCACUCAACAUAUUCAUCUUGGAUAUGAUGUAAACAGCAUUAAAAUCUUAUUUUCUUUUUGUUAUUGUUAAUGCCAUAGCACUCGCAGCAUUGUGGUGGUUGAUGACCAUUCUAGGUACACAAUAUAUAUAUUCUAGUAUAUAUAUGGAGUUUUUGUGUUCAUAAUU